AUGGAAAUGCCAGAGCUGGUCAUGGAAAAUAUCAUUUGGUUCUCGGAUUUUCGAUCUGUUCUGAAACUUCGCCAAGUUUGUCGAAAAUUUCGAGAUUUUAUUGACGAUUUGAAUGAUUCGAAAUUGCCGGAUUCAAAAUUCGCAAAUAUUGAAGUUAUUUCUAAAAAGGACGAAAACGAGAUAACGUUGUUCUUGGUGGAACCCAAGGAUUCCCAUCGUUCUUUUCAUUCCAUUGAAUAUUCGGAAUCUGAAAAUUCCCGAAGUUUCAAUGAAAAAAUAACAAAUCUGGGAAAUUCGAAUAUUGUGGAUGUUGCUAUUCGAGAUCUGGAAUGGGUUUUGAAAUUUCAAAAAUCCAAUUUGAAUCGGUUGCAUUUUGAAUUUGAUGAUUUUCAACUCCAAAACGAUUCAUCACUUUAUACUCUACCAUUUAAGCUGAGCAAUAUGCUUAAUGUAUCCGGUAGAAAAAUCAAAACCAGAGAAUUGAGUAUAAAAACAUAUAAUAAAUCUCAUAUAAUGUCAAUUUUACCGUUUGCUGAUUCGGAAACUCUGAAGACUCUCGAUUUUUGUUCAUUUGAUCCAGAAAUGGAAAUCGAAAUUGAUGAAAUUGCUAAAACUGAGCAAUGGAAAAAAGCAAACACAUUGAAAUGCGACUUUCAUUUGCUAAAUCUAAACGUAGAAGACAUCUGUCAUUUUUCAUCAAUUGAUUUAAAAGUUGAUUCAAUCACUGCUGGUGAUUUGGAUUUUUUGAGAAAGGCUUAUAUAAGUUCUUCAAACUUUGAGAGGUUGCGGUUCGAUUUGAAACUUUUUAAUGAGCAAGUGGAGUUGUCCAAUAUUUGGGGACCUGCAUUUGAUUCCCAAUUGGCAAUUAUUUGGUAUUUUCGAAUCAAGGAUUCCGAAGAGAAAGUUCUGCGCAUCGAGAUUUUUUAUUAUAAUAUGAUUCCCCGAGUAUAUUAUGCCACUUGUUUCUCUAUCAUUGAAUUGAGAAGUGUUCUAAAUGGAGCAAUUCUACAUGAUUAUAACGAAAACUGA